AUGUCCUCUGUAGACACACAACAAUAUUUAAUUUGUCCAUUAACAUUGCAAUUAUUCAAUGAACCAGUUACAGCUGAAGAUGGUCAUACAUAUGAAAGGAAAGCAAUAACUGAAUGGAUUACUCAACAUAGUACAAGCCCAAUUACAAAGAAAUUUUUAAGUAUCAAUCGAUUAACUCCAAAUUGUGCAAUUAAGGAUGCUGUCGAAGCUUUUAAACAACAACAGGCACAAAGUAAUAUACUACCAAGUGUAUCCAUUGCUGAUGCUAAUGCAAAUGCAGCAUCGCCAUCAACCACAUCGACAUCGACUUCAAUGAUGGCUACUACUUCAACAAUAGCGUCUACUGCAACAAUGACCACUAUUUUAACAAUGACCUCGACUUUAACGAUGGCUACUACUUCAACGAGGGCUACUACUUCAACAAUGACAUCUACUGCAACAAUGACUUCGUCUUCAAUGACGAUUUCGACUUCAACGAUGGCUCCAACUUCGAGUUCGACUUUGGGUUCUACUCCUCAAAUGCCUUGUGCUUCUGCUGAAUGGAGUUCAACUGGGAUUACAAUUACUUCAGACCUAGAUAGUCCACAUGAUAUUGCUAUUGACAGUCGAGAUAAUAUUAUCGUUGCCGAUACUGAAAACCAUCGUUUACAAAAGUAUUUCACUAAUGGAACAAAUAUGACACUGUUAACAGACAUCAAAGCACCUAGUAUAUUUAUCGACAAGUACGAUAAUAUCUAUGUUACAGAUGCAUUUGGUGAUGAAGUUAGGAUAUUGAGUUCUAAUGGUGAAUUAAUAACAAUAAUUGAUGGAAGUAAUAUUUCAGGCAGCAUAGUGAAUCACUUCGUUUUCGACGGUCAACCAUGCCUUUAUGUUGAUAAAAAUAACACUGUAUAUAUUUCAGAUACUGGUAAUCAUCAAGUUAUCAAAUACUAUCCAAAUUCAACAUCUGGUAUUGUCGUAGCUGGUGGAAAAGGACAAGGACCUGAAUUAAAUCAAUUGAAUACUCCAUAUGGCAUUUAUGUUGAUGAAAUCAAUGAAAUUGGUGCAAUUUAUAUUUGUGAUUUACAAAAUCAUCGAAUUCAAAAAUGGCUUAAUGGUGCGAAUGAAGGAAUAACUGUAGCUGCCAAUGACGAUCAGUUAGAUUCUCCAGUUUCAAUUCUUUUGCAAUCAACAGCAGAUCGAAUGGUAAUGUUUAUAUCGAGUUUCUCUGCUAAUCACGUUUUCAAAUGGAUACCAUAUGAACAAGAAGCUCAAUCUGUUAUUGCUGGAAUCGGUGGUUUUGGUGAUGAAGCGAAUCAACUUGAUGCACCAAGAGGUAUUAAAUUCGAUAAAUAUUGGAAUUUAUAUGUCGCCGAUAGUGGUAAUAAUAGAGUACAAAAAUUUCUUUUUAAUACUUCUUCGUGUGAUAAUAGUGAUUAA